AUGCGUGGCCGACCGAUGACGAUAGACGCGAUCGGAGACGCGGAGAAGAAGGCACCGGUGCCACUUAAGUACCAGCGCGCGACUGAUCUUGGCGCGUCGCGAUUCGCAUCGCUCGAGCCACCUCGCGCGCGCGCAGCACCGCAGCUGCAGCAGCGGGCACCAGCGUCUGCGCCACCUCCGCAGAAGCAUGCAGCGCUACCUCCGCCGCAACAAUUCGCUCCGCCACAAGCCUAUGUGCGACCGGGCCUCAACGGCUACGGGAUGCCGUCCGCUAGCCAGCGGAAGUUGAACAUACGCAAGUUCGAUGGUACGGAGCUGUACCGCGGACUCGGGAGCGGAUUCUUUGACUGGGGGCGUACGUUCCUGCGCGCGGUGAGCCUCGCGGAAGCGUCGUGUGGUUUCGGAUGGACCCGAGACGUCAAGGUCGACCUGCUUGGGCACUUUCUCGCCGGCACGGCUGAGAGGUACUAUCACAAGCAGGUCGAUACCUGGUGGACGCAAUCACCCACACUGGAGUACAUCAUGGAGCAGCUUCUGCGCACGUUCAAGACGUCAAUCACUGCAAGCCAGGCGAUGAAGUUAUUCAUGGCCAAGAAGGACGCACGACGCACCUGGGCCGAGCACUUCCUGUACAUGGUCGCCGUCAGCGAGGCAUGCGGUGGUGCCGACUCGCUUGUUCUUGAAAACAUCGUCCACCACGCUUCGCCGGAGCUGGUGAACGUAAUGCGCUCCAAGUAUGAGCCCAAUCGACUCGACUACCUGCGCCAUGCUGAGGAGCUGGCGCACUUCGCGCAGUCCAUUGAGCACGGCAGCAGCGCGGUGGGUCGUGAGGUCGUCGCCGCGCACGUGGAAGGCAAACCCAAGGGCGCGAUCACGUGCUACCGAUGUGGGCGACCAGGCCACAUCGCAGCCAACUGUCGCGCGCGAGUCGUGCACGAAGACGAGACACCCGCGGAGGGUGGAGGCGCCAUCAUGAUCCUUGCACUGACCGAUAAGCGCAGAGCGACCACGAAGAAGCGCAACAGGAGGAAGAAGGGCUCGCGCGGCAAGGACGCCGCAGCGACCAAUGUAAGUGAUGGGGCGCGAACCAUAGACGACUCAUGCGGCUUCGUGCUUACGCCGAGCGACGGAGUAAGAGCCACGGACGGCACGAGCGGCCUCGUACUUGCGGCGACCGAUGCCACGGGUGUCGACCGAGGAGACUGGAUCCUCGAUAGCGGCGCGAGCCGGCAUCUUGUCAACGACGAGUCGCUGCUGCUCAAGUCGACGGCUUGCAGCCACGAGAUUGCGAUGGCAGACGGCGAGUCGCUUCACCUGACGCGUGUCGGCAGCGUGCGCCUCGAGGUUCUUGCGCGCGGCGCUGAAGCGGUAGUGACGCUCACGGGUGUGUGCUUGGCGCUGCGACUGGCAAAGAACAUUGUGUCGUACGGCAAGCUCGCCAACAAAGGAUUUGCCCUAGUGCACUCCGGCGAAAGGCGCUCGCUCGCUCGGUGCAGAGAUGGUGCGGUCGCGUUCGGUGUCACAAUCGACAGCAACGUGCUGUAUGUCGUGACGAAGGCCACGCGCGACAAGGAAGGUGCAGGCGGAGACGCGAUCAUGGCGGCGCUCGAAGCGCAUGCAACGGAAACCAACGCCGAUGAGCCGCACGAAGCCUCGCUGUUGCACUGGCACCAGAGACUCGGCCACCUUGCGUUCGACACGAUCGAACGCAUGGCGCGCGAUCCGGCAUCGGGCAUUAGGCUCAGCAACAACAAGCGUAUGGCGUGCGUGUCGUGCCUCGAGGGCAAGCAGACGCGCAACGCACAGUCCCAACAAGACAGCGGCAAGCACUCGCCCAUCGAUCGCAUCGGAGGCGUCAUCUGUUCGGACCUGAAGGGUCCAAUGACGCCGCGGGACCGACUCGGCAAUCGUUACCUUGUGAACUUCGUUGAUCACAAGAGCAACAACUGCCGAGUAUUCCUCGCGCCCACGAAGGACGCUGCGGCGAGGCAGUUCGAGGCGUUUCUCGUCCACUUCGAGAAGCUUUUCGGGUUCAAGGUCCACGUGCUCCGCACGGACGGCGGCAGAGAAUACGCCAACGUGGACCUGUUCUGCGAGCGCACGGGCGUCACGCGCCAAGUGUCGGAGGCGCGAAAUCAGGCCUCAAACGGCAAGGCGGAACGAAUGCACCGGACAGUGCUGAACCUUGCGCGCAGCAUGAUGUUUGCCUGCGCGCUGCCCCUGGUGUUCUGGGGAGACGCGGUACUAUACGCCGUUCACAUCCUCAACCGGAGCCCUACGCGAGCUAACGCAAAGAGAGCGUCACCACUCGAGGUGCUGACGGGCAAGACGCCGGAUCUGCGUGGAAUUGUCGUUUUUGGCUCCCAGUGCAGCGUGUAUAGAGACCCGCGCAAGAACUCGCUGCUGCAGCGCUCGGGGCGCGCCAUCAUUGUCGGCGUCAGCGAGGAAAUCAAGGGCUACAAGGUGCUGCUGCCGCGUGACAAUAAAGUGGUCGUCACGCAGCACAUCAAGAAUAUCGAGACACUGACGGAGGCGCAAAACGCGCAACUCCAGCGCGCGAUGGACGUCGGCGAUCGAUCCGGAGGCCAGGAGGAGACGGACGCGCCAGCAGCAGCAGUGGCGAACGAUGGUCGCGCAGAGGGCAACAGGGAGACGCGUAAAAUCAAAAAGAGAUGGACGCGAAAGGCGCAUGGAACACGCGGGGCGUUGAAACGCGCAGAAGCGGCUGCUCGUCAGGAGGAGACAGCCGCGAGCGGAGAAGUCGUAAAUGCUGCUUUCGAGCAUGAUCCGCUUAACUACGGACAGGCGAUGCUCAGCAGCAAGCGCGAAGGGUGGAAGAAGGCGAUGCAAGAGGAGAUCGCCGCGCUCGAGGCCAACGACGUCUCGACUAUUACAAGGCGAACGGCAGGACAGCAUGCGCUGCACACAAAAUGGGUCUACAAGACCAAGACAGAUGCACAGGGCGACCUCGAGCGGCUGAAAGCGCGACUGGUGGCGUGUGGCAACGAACAGGUGCUUGGCGUCGACUACACGCUCACCUUCGCUGCCGUGAUGGAACUAUCGACGGUCAAAGUGAUCCUGGCGCUUGCGGCUACGUGGGGGUGCCUGCCAAGCACGGUGACAUCCCCAACGCCUACGUUAAAGCAUACAAGGAGCCGCACCUGCGCAUCUAUCUACAGAUACCGCGCGGCAUGCCAGUCUCGAAGGAGACGCUACGAGCGCAAGGCGUUUCGAACACGAGCGAGCUGCCAGCUGCUGCACUCGAAGCUCUCCACUGCCGGUUUCAAGCGGUGUAAGAGCGACAUGUGUUUUUACUGGAAGCACGACGGCGACGACCUCGUCGUGGUCGGCGUGUAUGUCGACGAUCUUCUAGCGACAGGGAAGAGCGCGGCGGCGGUCGAGCGGUUCUUUGCAAGCCUCGCGUCGUUGUCGAUCAAUGACCUGGACCGUGUCAGCAAAUUCCUGGGAAUGCGCGUGACGCACAACGGUCAGAAUGGGUACACGCUCGAUCAGGAGGAGGCCAUAAGAGACCUCUUACGCGACAACGGACUCGCUGACGCCAACUCGACGUGGACGCCGAUCUACGACAGCUGCUACGAGUUGAAGGAGGGCGACGCGGAGCUUCUUGGGACGCCAAGCGCGAAAUUAGGACCGACUGUGCGCCAGUUUCAGUCGCUGGUCGGCUCGCUGCUCUGGGUGGCGCGUUGCACGCGCCCUGACAUAGCGUUUGCGGUGCACAAGGUCACGAGACGAGCCCAUGCGCCUCGACUAGCAGACUGGAAGUUAGCUAAACGCAUCUCGCGAUACCUCAAGGGUACGGCGGCGAUUAAGAUCACGAUGAUCGCAGAAGACAAUUUAGGUGCGGCGAUACGACUAGAAGCGUUCAGCGACGCCGACUUUGCCGCCGACAAGACGGACCGGAAGUCAAUGACGGGCGGCAUCGUGAUGCUGAACGGGAUGGCCGUCAGCUGGGCUGCGCGGAAGCAGGGAGGCGUCUCCCUGUCGACGAUGGAGGCGGAAUUUGUCGCGGCGACUGAAGUCGCGCGCGAGCUGCUCGGCCUGCGCGAGAUGUUGUGCGAAGUGGGCGUGGAGCCCACGCUUCCGAUGCAGUUGCGGGUGGACAACCAAGCGGCGAUCGCGCAGAUCGCGGGAGAGGCAUCGUCGCUGAAGGCAAAACAUGUGGAUGUGCGCCUUAAGUUUCUUUGCGACUACUCGCGUCGCGGCAUCAUCACGGCGAGCUACGUCAGAUCGGAGCAAAUGCUCGCAGACCUCCUCACGAAGGCGUUGGACGCGACGAAGCUCUCGACACUGCGCGCACUCGUGCGCAUUGGUUAA